CUCUAAUCCCAAAUCCCAAAAAUCACAAACCUAAAUUGACGAAUCUGUUCUCUUCACUCUCUUCCUUCUUCUUCUUUGUUCCUCUGACCCAUUUCUCAAAAACUCAUCUUUUCAGUUCUUUCCAUUGAUUUUUACCCAAUUGCGUUUUUAUAGAAGAGAGAGAGAGAUAAAGUGAAAGACUUUCUUUGAUUUUAGGGUUUUUUUCUCAUCGUCUAGCUCUGCGACGCUUCUGGGUUUCCGUCUCCGUGCCUACAUUAUCUCCUCAACGUUUAGAAAAUUUCCAAUUCGAUGAUAGAAACGGAGGCUGUUGAGAGGAAACGAACCAGAGGAGGGUUUUUAACUCUCUUUGAUUGGUCUGGUAAAUCCAGGAAGAAGCUCCUCUCCUCUAGCACCACCUCUAAACCCUCAGAAGCAUCAAAGCAAGAGAAACAAAAUGCUCAAAACCACUCAAAGUCAUCCCCCUCUGCUGAGCUUGAGGAGACUGGAAAGAGUUUAACUUACAGUCCGAGAAGGGACUCUAGUUGCUCUACAUCCACUGUUACUAGCGAAGAUAGACAAGGGUCUAAAGCCCCGAGUGUGGUCGCGAGGCUCAUGGGUUUAGAGUCUCUGCCUAUACCAAACUCCCUGGAACCUCGUUCCAAUCCUUAUUUUGAUCCAUUCUUCCUCAGUUCCUCAAGCAAGACAAGCACAUGGGAUGCAUAUGAGAGUUUCGGUUAUGUGAAUCAUCGCAGUCACUAUGAUGACAUUGCUUGGGAUCAUUUGGAUUCAAGAACGAAUAAUAACGAAUCUAACCGGCCUAUUAACCGCUUUCAAACCGAAACGUUGCCUCCAAAGUCGGCUAAACCAAUCUCUGUCACUCACAACAGGCUCUUGUCACCAAUCCGGAGUCCUGGGUUUGUUCAGUCCAGGAACCCUGCUCAAGUAAUGGAAGCAGCUUCGAGAAUGAUUGAGCCGAGUACUAGGAUAGGUGCUAAAGCACGGUUUUCAUCAUCUGAGUCUUCUUCAUCGAUUCCAAUGAGAAUCAGAGAUUUGAAAGAGAAACUAGAAGCUUCACAGAAUAGACCAAGUCCCCAAAGCUCUAAUGGUACGCGCAACAAUAAGUAUUUAAGAGGGAAGAACGAAGAUAAGAGAACUACAUCAUCAUCACUCAAGACACAUGAGACAAAUAAGGUACAGGGUAAAACCAGUUUUGAUGGGUUGAAGAGUAAAGUGAAGCCGCCUUCUGUAUCUGCACACACAAAGGUCAAUACUCUUCAAAAGCAAGACAGCUCAAGACCCUCAAGUAGCAAUAGAGCACAAAAGGAGAAGACAGAAACCAAGAACCGCAUAGUUAAAAAGGAUCUUGCUAGCAAUGGGAAAACUGUGGUUAAACAAAAUAACCAGAAACAGAACCAAAUAGCUGUGACGUCUGUUUCAAAACAGAAAGGCAGCAAAGUGAUGAACAAAGUUGUAAACAAGGUGUUGGUAGAAAGCGGAACUACAUCUAAAAAGCCUGGUCUUACAACAACUUCGGCGGAUUCAACUUUGUCCCGCAAGAAGAAUCUUCCUCGCAACAAAAAACCUGCAAAUGGGGUGCAAGAACCUGGAAUCAUCAGUGAUAAACGGAUCAAAAGGGGUGAGAAGUUGAAUAAAUCUAACACCAUUGUUGAUGGUGUGAUGAAUGCAGGGGAAGGUGAUCGAAAGAAGGACAUGGAUGUGAUUUCUUUCACUUUCUCAUCCCCUAUCAAGGGUAUAUCAUCCACUAAAAAGACCAAUCAAGAAAUAGAAUCUGCACUUAGUUUGAGUGCAAUCAACGGUGAUUCUCUAAACAUUCUGUUGGAACAAAAGCUUAGGGAGCUAACCUCUAAGCUUGAGUCAUCUAGCAGUAGCCUUACCCAAGAGGGAGAGUCUUCAGGUUCCAUUUCAAAGGAUUGGGUGAAUGGGACUAUAUCUUUGCCAUCAGAUGAUCUUGAUAAAGUUUCAUCAGAGAGUGAAUCUGUUUCUGACUGUACUUCAUUCUACAAUAACCGAAAAUUUCAGGCAGAAGAGCAGGAAGUAAACAGCUUUGUAAUAGAAGCUGAGGAUCUCCAAGUCUCCUGCAGCAAGAGUUUCUCAAAUUCACACAAUGAGAUUGAACAAACAGAACUCUCAGAGUCAGUCACUUUAGCAGAGGAUGAAGAAGGCCAAGACUGGGAGCUCGAGUACAUAACCGACAUCAUAGCCUCUAACCAAAUGAUGGUUAAAGAAAUCUCCUUAGGGAUGGCUACUGAUAUAUUACCAUGGAGCCUCUUCGAUGAACUCGAAGCCAAUAGAGAUCCACGAGGAAACCUAGAGAGAAAAACACUGUUUGAGUUUGUGAAUGAGUUCUUAACACUCAAAUGCGAGAAGAUGUUCAUGGGAAGCUGCAGAGGCUUGUUGGGGAAAGAAGGGAUGAUGUUUGAAAAGAAAGAGCAUUUAGCUGAAGAAGUAAAGAAAGAGAUUGAGAGAUUGAAGAAGAUGAGAGAGAUGAUGAUGAUGGAUGAGCUAGUUGACAAUGAGAUGAGUAGCUUUGAAGGGAGAUGGCUUGAUUACAAGAGAGAGAGUUACGAAGUUGGAAGUGAAGAGAUUGAAGAAGAGAUUUUGUCUGAUUUAGUUGAUGAGUUAGUUAAUGAUCUUCUCUUGUGUUAUUAAUUAACAACCUGGUUGGUUGUCUUCUAGAAAGAAUUGUUUGAGUUUCUAUACACUUAGAAAUAAUAGCAUUCAC